AUGAGCGGCUGCGGCCUCUUCCUGCGGGCGGCGCGGGCCGGCCCGACGCUAGCGGCGUUCAAGGCGAACCAGCGCUCGCUGCGCACCAGCCCGCCGAGCCGAGCUUUCGCCAAGGAGCUCUUCCUAGGCAAAAUCGAGAAGAAAGAAGUUUUCCCAUUUCCAGAAGUUCGUCAAGAUGAACUUAAUGAAAUUAAUCAGUUUGUGGGACCAGUAGAAAAAUUCUUCACUGAAGAAGUGGACUCUCGAAAAAUUGACCAAGAGGGAAAGAUCCCAAAAGAAACUUUAGAGAAAUUAAAGGACCUGGGUCUUUUUGGAAUGCAGGUCCCAGAGGAAUAUGGUGGCCUGGGCCUCUCCAACACCAUGUAUGCCCGGUUAGGGGAAAUCAUCGCCAUGGACGCAGCUAUUGCCACGACCCUGGCAGCCCACCAGGCUAUAGGCCUCAAGGUCUGCGUUCUGAAGGGUAUUAGAAACCACCAUGUGCAAGCCCUCAAAAUCUUUCAUAAUUGGUCGUCAGCAUUAUUUCCACUUACCCGUUCUUGCCCCUGCAGCGGCAGCGACGCUGCGUCUAUCCGGACCCGAGCCACGCUGAGUGAAGAUAAGACGCACUAUGUCCUCAAUGGCUCCAAGAUGUGGAUCACCAAUGGAGGACUGGCUGACGUUUUUACUGUGUUUGCAAAGACAGAGAUUGUAGACUCUAAUAAUGUGGCAAAAGACAAAAUCACAGCAUUCAUAGUGGAAAGAAACUUUGGCGGGAUCACUAACGGGAAACCGGAGGAUAAGCUGGGCAUUCGCGGCUCUAACACUUGUGAAGUCCAUUUUGAAAACACCAAGGUGCCCAUUGAGAAUGUCCUUGGAGAAGUCGGAGGUGGGUUUCAGGUGGCCAUGAACAUUCUCAACAGUGGGCGGUUCAGCAUGGGCAGCUCUGUGGCCGGCACGCUCAAGAGAGUGAUUGAAAUGACCGCUGAAUAUGCCUGCACACGGAAACAGUUCAACAAGAAUCUCAGUGAAUUCGGAUUAAUUCAGGAGAAGUUUGCCCUGAUGGCUCAGAAGGCGUAUGUGAUGGAGAGCAUGGCCUACCUCACUGCAGGGCUGCUGGACCAGCCCGGGCUCCCCGACUGCUCUGUGGAGGCUGCCAUGGUGAAGGUGUUCAGCUCAGAGGGGGCGUGGCAGUGCAUCAGUGAAGCGCUGCAGAUCCUCGGGGGCCUGGGCUACAUGCGGGACUACCCUUACGAGCGCCUGCUGCGCGACUCCCGCAUCUUGCUCAUCUACGAGGGAACCAAUGAGAUUCUUCGGCUGUACAUCGCCUUGACGGGCCUGCAGCACGCCGGCCGCAUCCUGACUGCGAGGAUCAAGGAGCUCAAACGGGGCAACGUGAGCACCAUCCUGGAGACCGUGGGCCGGAGGCUCCGAGACUCCCUGAGCCGCACCGUGGACCUGGGGCUGACUGGCAAGCUUGGCGUCGUGCACCCCAGUCUUGAGGACAGCGCCAACAAGCUAGAGGAGAACGUGUUUUACUUUGGCCGGACUGUUGAGACGUUGCUGCUCCGCUUUGGCAAGACCAUCGUGGAGGAGCAGAUGGUCAUGAAGCGGGUGGCCAACAUUCUCAUCAACCUGUACGGCAUGACAGCAGUCCUGUCGCGGGCCAGCCGCUCAAUGCGCAUCGGGCUCCGAAACCACGACCAUGAGGUUCUGUUGGCGAACAUUUUCUGUGCGGAAGCUUAUUACCAGAACCUCUUCGCUCUGUCUCAGCUGGAUAAAUAUUCUCCAGAAAAUCUAGAUGAGCAGAUUAAGAAGGUGGCUGAGCAAGUCCUAGAGAAGCGAACCUACAUCUGUGCUCAUCCUCUGGACAGGAUGUCCUGAGAAGGGCCAGUGCUGCCUACCAUCCCUCCGUCCCAAAUCUCUUCACCUGGGAGAGCAUCUUUGCCCUGCAGUGUUUUGUCCUCAGACCUUACUGUCUAAUAUAAUCGUGGCUCCUGACCAAGGAUGGCACAAGAAAGGGGGAUAACUGCAAUUUAGGAGUAUUUUGAUUGUUUAGCUACCAUCACAUUACGGCCUGCAGCUGGAGACUUUCCUACUAGACCACACCUGUUCCAAAGCCAAUGUGAAAAGCUGUGGGCACACUCACUUAAACUGAGAAAACAGGUACGGAACUAUGUAAUAAAAAAAAAUACUAAAAUUUC